AUGCAUCGUUGUUGCAGUGGCUCCCAGGGGCACGUGAUGGGACCCUGUACAUGUGGUAUGUUUCAUAGCCAAACCAAUUCCUUCUCCAUGCUAUUCUCCAUGCCCAACCACAAACCACCCUACGACGAUCAUUCCAACAUGUAUGACUAUUCCUUCUCACCCCCUUCCUCUUCCGUCGAUUGCACCCUCUCCCUCGGAACCCCAUCAACCCGUUUCACCCAAGAUGAAGAAAAACGAACCCGCCACCUCCAACGUCGCUCCGUUUCUAACUUCUGCUGGGAUUUACUUCAAUCCCAAUCCCAGCCCACCCCACCCAUCAACACUGCCUCCACCAACGACCCUCUCCUCGCUCGUCGCUGCGCCAAUUGCGACACUACUUCAACUCCACUCUGGAGAAACGGGCCUCGAGGUCCAAAGUCACUGUGCAAUGCGUGUGGGAUUCGAUUCAAGAAAGAAGAGAGAAGAGCGAGUGCUGCCGCCGCCGCACCCACCGCGGCUUCUGGCGUUGUAAUGGAGUCGGCGCAGAUGUAUAACAGUUCAUGGUACGCGCACUCGCAGAGCCAGAAGAUGCAGUGCUUCUCGCCGGCGAUGGCGAACGAGUUCCGAUUCGUGGACGACGGCGAUCGAGACUCCGAUAACGGCAUUCCCUUUCUCUCUUGGAGACUGAACGUGACGGAAGGAAUGGGCCUUGUUCACGACUUGACGUUGAAAAAAUAG